AUGAUCCGGAUCCAGAGCCGGCACAUGGCGCCGUGCGGUUGCCGGUCGUCGUCGUCGCCGGCAACGCGCGGUCCGGUGGACUCGCGAUCGCACGUUUGCGCGGUGAAUCCGCGGAAUGCGUCGGCAACCUCGAGGCUCUCCUUGCGAGUCGAUCUUGCCUCCGACGCGCUGCGGCGGGGGGGGCGGCGGCUCCGGCAGCCUUGUGUGGGGAAGUCAGGUCAGUUCCAUCUCCCCUGCUGCAAGGCCUCAAUCGGGGGCGACAGGGAGAGCAAUGAUGGCGGGGCCGGCGAAACGCCGGAACCGCGCGAGCCGAAGGACGAGGAAGAGUUCAUCCAAGCGUCUCUCCUUGUUUCAGGUCCCUCUCUCUCCUCUCCCUCCGUUUUCCGUACACCUGUCGGAUAUCGCUAUGCUGAUGUCGACAUGUGUCGUAUAACAUGUUCUGUGGAACACUGGCGUCGCGGGGUUGGGCGAUGGCGUGUCUCAGAUUCAUGCUUGCUGAAUGAGAGCUCAUGAUUUGUGUCACUGCCAUUAGUUUGCCCUCAAGCUACAUGGGUGAUCACUUAUCGUCCCGUUUAUCUGAUUGUGUAGAGAUUUGGGACGGAAUUGUUUCUCACUUUUUGAAAUUCUGAGCAGGCAUGUAGCGUCAGGGCAGAGGAGAGGUUUUAACUGUAUAAAAGUUAUCUGAUCUUUUCACUGAGCUAAUACGUCAGGAUGUGUUGCUCGAUUCAUUUCACAAGUAAUGAUUCCGAUUUCAUUUAAUAUGUUUGGAUGAGGUUUCCCUAUUUUCCUUUUUCGACAUAUUCAUUGAUAAACUGAAUCAUAAAAAUCUAGGUUUUUAUAUAUCAAAGCUCUUUCGUUUUCCAUCAUCAAUGAUGUCUACCUCUUCUGUAUCAAGGUGGAAAACUCGAUACAAUCAACAAUUCACAUCCAUGGCUCAGAUAAUUACUUUUGUUAGUACUUUUUUGUCGUUCAGUCUGAAAGAGGCACAUUUUUUCCCCUUUCAUUUUUGCUUAAUUUACUGGAUUUAGAAACUUCUUCCCCGCUGUUAGGCAGGCACAUACUAUUCGUAUGCACAUUUUCAUCAUAGAAACCAUUUUUUACAUCACUUGGUAUCCAUUUCAGGAUAGGUGCUUAGUUAUUCAUCUUACUCUACGUUGAAUGCUAUUGAUCGUUUUUCUUUUCCGCUUGAUGCUAUGAAAUUUGAUAACAUGAGUAAUUUCUCCAUCAAACUUCCUGAGGGAUAUAAAAUUAUAUUUAUUAGUGCAGAAACCAUGAGACACUACAACUUGCGGAAGCAGGGGUUCUUUGAGGAGACAAGAUGGUACUCCUCCAGUCAGAUACUUCCUCUUUCUCUUCAGGCAAAGGGAUCCAAACCUGGUGUUCGAUCUAUCGGCCAUGGUUUUCUUCGUCAAUUUCAGAACCCUACCAUUUUCCUAAAAGUUGCUUGUGAUGGAGACCUAUUGUUGCCCAUUAUUGUUGGUAUGCUGUUUCUUCUUUAGUGUGAUCUUUCUGUGAUUUUUAAUUUACUUGUAUUUCUGAUUUGUACGUGAGCUAUUUUUGUACAGGAGAGUUUGCUAUAGAAAGACUUGUAGAUACUUUAAGCGAUGAGAAUAAUGAGGUAAUGCUUUAACUUACUGUUCUGUUUAUUGGAAUUUAAAAGCAGAUCUAGAAACUGACGUGGCAUAUGCAGGGAUCCCUUGAUCAAUUCAAGUUCGUCAAAAAUCUUGUGGGCACUCUCGGCUAUGAGGUCAGACUGGAAUCAAGCUCGCUAUUUCAUUAUCAAAUUAUUUUCCUAUUGGGCUUUAAAUUCCUCUUUAAUUCAGAUGCACAUAGAUCGAUUUGCGGUAUUGCAGAAAAUUUCAACGCAAAAGGCGUUACUGACAGUGCUCAAUCAUUGUUGAAUUUUCAAUCUGUGAAAUGCUUGAUAGUUAAACAUUGAGUAUGAUUUUUCAUUGCACAUUUUUCUGUGAGAGUCAAUGCCACUAAUUUGCCGAGUUUCUUUUGUUCUUGAUCAUUAUUGGUGCCGUUGUGGCUCUUUCGGAAUGACCGGAGCUUUUAAUCGGAAAACCUUCCCAACUCUUUAGACCUGCGAUCAUUUUAUAGCUGUGCGAGUUAUGUGGAAUUCUUCAACUACAUUUCACCUAUUUUUUCGCAUACUCAGGUAAAGAUGGUGCGGAUUAUUAAGAGAGUUGUCAACACAUACCAUGCACGGAUAUUCCUGGGAAAGGUUACAAACAAAAAACCCCUGCCAGUGCCUCAUCGUCAACAUAAUUUUAGCAGUAUUAUUACGUUCGGUAUCAUGUUUAACUAACUAAUAACGCCGAAUCGUUCCCCAUUUUUUACCUUCGAUAUUUGCAAUUUGCAGCCUUCAGAAGGAGCAACUUUAAGUAUAGAUUCACGUCCGUCAGACGCUAUUCAUCUGGCAAUUAAAUGUCAGGUAUAUCGACAAAAUAUGGCUAUGUUUUUCAGUUUCUUCUAUGAUUAUGCUUGUGCCAUGGUACUAAUAAGCUCGAUCGAUUUUUUAUUAUUUUAUUUUCACGCAUCCUGAUCAACAGGGAUGCCUCGUAGCCAGUGUUACAAUUGGGUGUGGCAGAACUAUUUGAAAAAGGAUUCCCCCCCUACAGACAAAUAGAUAAACACGAAUCGAUUAAUAGUUUGUGGGUGAUGGUGAUGGUGAUGGUCCAGUCAACAAGUAAACAUGAUUCGAAGAUACUUGGGCAAACAAACAAGACUGGAUUUUUUUUCAGUGAUUAUAAUUUUGUUCUCUUCAGCCGAAAAGAAUGGGAACGGGAUGUUAAAUUGAUCUGGCUGCUAACGAUUGUCGAAUCUUUUUGUGGUGGAAAUCCCUCUCACUCCGAUACCAUGAACUGGCUCUAGCUCUUGAGUUUCAUGGUAGGCUGAACCCGUUCUGUUCUCUAUUCAUGUCACAUAACCCUGGCCAAACCCCCAGCUCGAGCCCGGAUUAUGCCCUAAAUUACUUACUUUGAGGAGCAUUUUGUGAUCCAUUGUCCGGAAUUCACGAGCUGAUUUUUUUAAUUAUUUUUUAUUUAUAAAAAUUUUAAUUUAUUUGGGGCCUCGCCGCUGCAUGGAAAAUUUGAUUUACACUGCAAGAACUUUACCCCAAGAAGCGUGAUCAUAAUUUGAUUAGAAAAUGUGUCAAGUCAACGCACUCUGUAGCUGUUAUAUUGUAUACAUUUGAUAAAACCACAAGAGACUACGACAACGGUCUUACCCCUUCGCAGAUAUUCUUUUUCUUAGUAUGGACUUUGACUCUGUGACCGAUUUUCUCACUGUUGCAUUGAUAUCGAGUGCCUCUUUCUCUCUCUCUGAAUCCUUGUGCAGGUACCCAUCUACAUAAGCAAGGACAUCGUCCUCAAAGACGCUAUUAAGAUCGUCUACGGAACAUGGAGAGGAAGCAGUGUGAAGACUGUGUACGACGUUUUGCUGGACAGGUAAUGGGAACAUUUUUAAAAAUAAAAAAAAAUGAAAAUGAAAAUGAAAAUGAAAAUACCCCCAUUGUGGGACCCACAUCCGAACUUCCCCUUCCAGUUGCUUAAUAGGACUGAAACACUUUGACUCCCACUCCAGCGCGCCAGAUGGCCCUGACGUGCUUGCUGAGGAGCUGGACCUGAUUGGGAAGUUGAACGUGGCGGUCACAGAGGAGAGAUUCGAAGAUGCAGGUCUAUAAAAUAAGAUCAUUUAUAUAUUUAAUAAAUUUAAUCUUAGUUAUUGUUAAUGUUUAAUCUUAUUCGAUUUAAGGAAAAAUUGGAAUCUCUCAACCCUACUUCGCUCUUUACUCUUGCAGCUACCUGCAGAGACAAACUUGCCAGGCUCCGGCUCAAGAGGCUCAACUCAUAG